AUGCCUGGUCUCGUUAAUGACAUUAAUGUCUUAGAAAGAUCUCCUCUUUUUGAGGAUCUUGCUGGUAGACAAGGUCUAGUGAUUAAAUAUACAGUCAAUGGUAACCAGUAUAAGAUAGGAUAUUACCUGACAGAUGGUAUAUACCCUGCGUAUGCUGCUUUUGUAAAGAGCUUUAAUGAUUCUCAGUCUGCAAAAGAGAAGAACUUUGCCAAGGUGCAAGAAGCAGCACAGAAAGAUGUAGAGAAAGUGUUUGGCGUGUUGCAGUUGCACUUUGCAAUAGUUGCAGAACCUGCAAGAAUGUGGAAGCAUGAUACUCUUAAGAGUAUCAUGACUAUAUAUAUAUAA